AUGAGUCAAAACCAGAGACUUUCCAUGACUCGGUCUCGUACUUCUCUUUCAACAAAUAUUCAUGCAAAUGGAAUUCAAAAUACAAUGAAAAGAAAAUUGCUUGCAGCAGACAGCGCUAAUGAGAAGAAGAAAACAAAGAAAGCAACAACUAGUUAUCAUCAUAAAUCCUCAAAAAGAUUCAACUGCGGUAUAUGCUUUGAAUCUGUAGCAUUCUCUAAAAUCUCCACAAACACUUCAUGCAACCAUCCAUUUUGUACUAACUGCAUAUCCAAGUACGUGAAUGUUCAAAUAAACAAAAAUGCUACGAAAGUGAGUUGUCCAAAUCCAGAAUGUUCCGUGGAACUGAAACCACAACAUUUGCAAUCCAUUUUACCUACAAAACUCAUUGUUGAAUGGGAAUCUGCAAUUUGCGAGUCUUCCAUUUCUUUGAAGCAAAAAAUUUACUGUCCUUAUAAGAAUUGUUCUCUUCUGUUGGUGAAUGAUGGGGUAGAGGCUGUUACAAGUUGUGAAUGUCCUUCUUGUCAUAGGCUAUUCUGUGCACAAUGUAAGGUUCCAUGGCAUGGAGAUAUGAAUUGCCAGGAAUUUCAGCAGUCGAAAACUGGUCGACAUAAUGAAAAACAAUUGGAUGAGAAAUUUUAUGAGUUGGCUAGAACACAAAAUUGGCAGAGAUGUCCAGGAUGUUCUAUGUAUGUCCAGAAAAAUGGUGGAUGUAAUAACAUGUCUUGCAGGUUGUAUGUAUAG